CAUCGCCAAUGGCGUCCCCCAGCGGAUCGUGGAGGGGCUCCUACAUGCAGGAGGACGACAUCGAACGCCUGGUGCGCCUCCGGCGGAUCCCGCAGUCGGUGAUCACGCGGGUGCCCGGCGAGGAGGUGGAGCCCGAACCGCGGCCCGGCGAGCGCGUCGUCUUCGGCGCGCACCUCGAUCGCGGGCUGGGCCUGCCGGCUUCGAUGUUCUUCCGGCAGUUCCUCGACCACUUCGGCCUUCAGCCGCACCACCUGCCGGCCAACGCAUGCGUCCUCCUGAGUUGCUUCGUGGCGUUCAUGGAGGCUUACGCCGGCUUGUGGCCCGACAUCGACUUCUGGAGCCGGCUUUUCUUCUUGAAGGCGCAGACCAACGACGGCCGCCUGCGAGCCUGCGGCGCUGCCUCGAUCUACACCCGGCCUGGUACGCCUUUCCCCAAAAUCCCCACCGUCGACUCGGUGAAGAACUGGCAGAUGUCAUUCUUCUACGUGCGCAACGAGGGGGAGCUCGUCGACCGGAUCAACUUGCCGGAGUUCAACCCGGCUCCUCCAGUCGGCCGGAUCAACUGGAGCCACAACGCCCGCUCGACGGAUCAGAACGCCGAGGUGAACCUGCUUUGGGACUUCCUGGCGACAGCCACCGCUGGCGGGCUGACUGCCGAAGAUCUCCUCUGCACCAUCGCCGAGCGCCGGGUGCUGCCGCUUCAGAUGCGCACCCACAAGAUCGGGCACAUGUCCGGCCGGUUCGAUCCGAACCGGACCUCCAUUGCGCGGCUCACCAAAGCCCAGGUGGCCAGCCGGGUGAACCACAUCACCAAGGCGAACCUGCCGGAGGACUGGAGUUACGGGCUGGUGCCCUGCGACAGGAACCAUCCGCCGGCGCGGGUAAGCCUCAUGUCUUUGCCAUUUUCCGGCUUGCGGCUGCGGGGCCGACUUCCUUUUUCUUCUGCCGACUCCCGGCUCGUCAUAUGCUUAUGUUUUUUCUGUCUAUCUAGCUUUUUGAGCGCCAGAACGUCGAGGACGGCGACCUGGCGACGAAGAGGUGGACGCCGGAUCACGUCGAUCCGGCUGACCAGGCCGGCGAGCAUGCCGGCGACGACGACCUGCCGCAGGCGCCUGAUCUAGGCGGCCAGGGGGAGCACAAUCCGCCCCCCUCACCAGAGCAGCAGGAGGAGGAGGAGGAGCCGGCGGCGUCCGGUACGGGGCCAAUCCCCGCCGUGCCUCUGCGCACGAGGCCGCCAAGCACCACGGCGACUUCGGCGCCCAGGGGCACGAAGCGAACCGGCUCCACCGCCGCCUUGGAGGCGAAGGCGAAGAAACAGCGCCGGCAGCAGCCGAAGAAGGUCCCGGAGCAGGCCGGGGUCCCUAUCAAGUUCGCCCAGGGCGGCGGCUCCCGGCAAGCUCCGCGCGUCGCGUCGCCGCCGCCGCGCCAAAGGAGGGAGCCGACGCCGCAGCCUUCAUCGCGCGCUCCUACGCCGCCGCCGCCUGCGGGUACUGCGC